CUUAAAUAAAUAUUACCAAGGUCUCACAUAGAACAUUGAACCCUAAAUUUAUUCGUAAAAGGGGGUGAGUGCCACGAGCGAAAGGGUGAGGAUAACCCAUCGGAAGAAGAUUUUAAUCAAGGAACCCUUGUAGAUCAAUUCAGUAUCAAAUAUUUGGAGCUUAUUAUAGUGAUACCAUAUCUUGUUAAAAUCAGGCUGUAUCAUUAAGGACUUUUGUAUAACGUGUGGAGGAUCUGGGUUCGUUGAAGGGGUUGAAGAGGUUAAAGUUACUAUACCAGCAGAAAUGAUUGAAGCAUACACCUGUAUCAACAUGUGGGAAUGUCAUUAGUAGUUAAGCCAGAAAAACUAUAAAAUGCUGUCAACUUCUGCCGCUGCUCAGCUUCCAAGUUGCUGGUACCGCAUUCCCAGCCAUCUUAACGUCCAUCAUCAUGCCCAACAAAGGAGAAAACUCACCACUCUAUCAUUUGCCAAUGCAGAUAGCCAAAUCACCCUCAGAAACUUCUAUGGCCUAAGUCUUCCUCAGACCCACAAUUGCAGCAAAGGGCAAGAAGGCAAUAACAGGGCUAGAUACAAUUCCAAUUUAAAUCAGAACCACAAACACUUACUAUUUCUACAGUACUUCCCUCAUAGUGAUACAGAAGACACCAAUAAUCAAAAUCCAAGAACUAGAAACCACUAUCAGCAUCAAGUAGACGAACAAGGAGAAUUCAAGGAAAAUAACAAAGCCAGGUUACUUUUCACAAACAUGUGGUGGGUAGAUGUGAAAGCAGCACUUGGCCAAAGAAUCAACUUGGAGGGCAUUCUAUGUUCAACCAUGGUCAUCUUAAAAGACCCAAAAUUGGCACUACCCCAUAUUUCCGUUCCUGAUAUAAGGUAUAUUGAUUGGGCUGAGCUGCGUAGAAAGGGAUUUAAAGGUGUUGUCUUUGACAAGGAUAAUACUAUUACAGCACCUUACUCUUUGAAGCCCUGGCCUCCACUUGAGUCUUCAUUGCAGUGUUGUAAAUCAGAGUUUGGUCAUGAUAUUGCUGUAUUCAGUAACUCCGCUGGACUUCAUGAAUAUGAUCAUGAUGGUUCAAAAGCUAGGAUGCUUGAAAGUGCAAUUGGAAUUAAAGUCAUCAGACAUAGGGUGAAGAAGCCAGCUGGUACAGCCGAAGAAAUAGAAAAACAUUUUGGUUGUAAAGCUUCACAGCUGAUCAUGGUGGGUGAUCGACCCUUCACUGACGUUGUUUACGGCAAUAGGAAUGGAUUUCUAACUAUUUUGACAGAGCCAUUGAGUCUUGCUGAGGAGCCAUUUAUUGUUAAGCAGGUGAGGAAGCUAGAAACUUCAUUUGUAACUUACUGGUCAAGAAGAGGGUUGAAGCCACUAGGUCAGAAGUUAUUGCCAGAUCCAAAGCCGUGUGUCAAAGAGCCAUAUCCUUGACAGGACUAAUCUCUAAAAUACUGCCCUGAUUUUUGGCCAUCAUAAAUACUCCCCUUGAGUAAUGCAUACAUGUCAAUAUUAUUUUAUUUUAUUUUUUUUUAAAUUAUUUAGUUUACAUUUUACCAAAUGUGAAAUAUAUUCCCUACCUGCCUUUUAUCGGGUGAGUUAUCUCCUCUACUUAGUGUGUUUAAAUAAUUAUUUUUGGCUUAAAUUCAAUUUUAGUCUCUA